CAACAGGCAUCGAUGGCUUCAAACUACAAAACUUUUACUUUUGAGGAGGUGGCUAAGCACAACCACAAAAAGGAUUGCUGGAUUAUUGUCAAUGCAAAGGUGUAUGAUGUCACCCCAUUUUUGGACGAGCAUCCAGGAGGUGAUGAAGCAUUAUUGUCGGCAGCUGAGAAGGAUGCCACUGUUGAUUUUGAAGACGUGGGCCACAGUGAUUCUGCAGUAGAAAUGAUGCAGAGUUACUUUGUUGGGGAGGUUGACACGUCCACUCUUCCAUCCGAAGUUAAGCAUACUCCGGCGCCACCUACCCAAGCACAUGGUGUUGGCAAUCAAUCUUCUGGGUUUGUUGUAAAGAUCUUGCAAUUCCUGUUGCCAUUGUUGAUAUUGGGCGUUGCAUUCGCUCUGCAGUACUAUGGGAAAAGAAGCAAGGUAGAACCUCAUGAAAGCCAAACCUGA